AUGUGUUACUUAAUGUUGCCGAUGACUCCUAAGCACCUUUAUGCACCCCGAAACGCUUUGUUCCAGGCUUAUGAUUACUAUACUCUUCUAAAUAUAGCAAUUCAGGAAGGAGAGAACGUUUUAUGGGUCGAUCAGUACAAACCUCAGAAUAUCGGUCAACUUGUUGGACAACAUGGUGAAAAGAGUCCGAUAAACAAGCUUCUUGGAUGGCUCAAGCUCUGGGCUGCUAACAACCUUGGGGAAGGAGGCAGAAUAAAAAAACCGAAGCCUCCUCCUUUUCUCGCUCAGACUGAUGGAUCUCCUUUCAAAGCCGUGCUACUCUCGGGCUCGCCAGGAAUUGGUAAGACAACAUGCGCUAUUAUGGCUUGUGAAAGUUUUGGAUUGAAAGUUGUUGAAAUGAAUGCUUCCGAUGUGCGAAGCAAAAAGUCACUGGAACAACAAAUCACUCAGCUCACCGAAUCUCAUCAAAUAGAGGAGUAUUUUACUGCAGUCCAUCAUCAUGAUAAUGUGAAACAUGUGUUGAUCAUGGAUGAAGUUGAUGGAAUGAGCGGGACCGAGGACCGUGCGGGUAUUGCUGAGUUGAUACAAAUAAUUAAAGAAACGAAAAUCCCAAUAAUUUGUAUAUGUAAUGACCGCCAACAUCCGAAGAUCAGAAGUCUUGCUAAUCACUGUUUCGAUAUACGUUUCCAGAAGCCUCGUGUUGAGCAAAUUAGAGCGAGGAUGAUGUCCAUAGCUUGCCAGGAAAAGCUGAAGAUCUCAAAGGAGGAAAUGGAUCAGAUGAUUGAGUUGUCAGGGCAUGACAUCAGGCAGUCCAUCUACAAUUUGCAAUUAUAUGCUUCUGCCGGUGGAAAAAGCAAGGUGCAAAAGAAGGAUAUAGCUAUUGGAUCCUUCGAAGCUGCACGGAAAUUGUUAGACUCACGUUCUACACUGCAGGAGAAGCAAGACAUGUUUUUUGUGGACUACGGUAUCAUGCCACUGUUUGUACAGGAGAAUUACCCAAACAUGCGCAAUGAUAAGCACACUCCAAAACAAGCCAUUGCUGGAUUAAGAAGGGCUGCAGACUUUAUAUCUCACGGCGAUACCAUAGAAAAAUGUAUUCGUUCUUCUGGAACAUGGAAGUUGUUGAAUGAGCAGGCAAUGUUAGCCUGUGCGCUUCCAUCUAUAGCAGUGGAUGGUCACCUUCGUGCGAUGAUCCAAUUUCCAGCAUGGCUUGGAAAAAAUUCAACAGCAAAUAAGCGACAGCGCCUUAUGAGGCAACUCUCCACACACGCUCACUUAAAAUUAUCAGCCAAUAUGCAUUCUUUAGUUGUUGACUACGUGCCUGUUUUGCAUGAUUGCCUAACCAAACCUCUGUUAGAACGCGAGGGCGAUGGAGUUUUCGAAGUCGUUUGUAUGAUGAACGAUUAUUACUUGGUGCGAGAAGAUAGUGAAGCAGUAUCAGAAUUAGCAGUGUGGCCCGGAAAAGUCGAUCCGUCAAGCAAAGUACUCCCAAAGGUCAAAGCUGCUUUGACACGUGCGCUGAAUAAAGAACAUCGUAUAUUGCCGUACGCUACUGGUGACGUGGCAAAGGGACGAAGAAGAGCGCAGGAUAGUUAUGGUAAGAUAUUCAUCUAUGUCACCUGUCAUCUCGUUAGACGUCGAGCGGGCACCAGUGAGGACUAUAUUUCAAUCUUGGGCGACUAUGGCGACGGUCCUUUCCUUUGUAGAAUUUUGGGACAUCAGCGACACCGAUGGUAUCGACUAUGA